AUGUAUAUAGUUCUUCAAAAAACAGAUAAAUCUAAAGUUUUUCAUUUAGGUAAAUUACAAGAUUAUCACAAAAAAUCCAAAGAAUAUAUGGAAAAAACUGAAGCAUAUGAAUGUUUACAUCAAAAUAAUCCAUUAUCAAAUUUAAUUGAACGUACAAAUAAAUAUCUAUUAAACCUAAGAUUAACUAAGUGGAUUACACAGAAACAAUAUGAACAAUUAGGCAUUAAAUCAAACGAAGUGGAAGUAGCUCAUCUUUAUUAUUUACCAAAAGCUCAUAAACCGGGCCCUCCACUUCAUCCAAUUAUUUCUGGUUUCAAACAUCCAACUAUAAAAAUAUCAAAGUUUCUCGAUGAAUUACUUCGACCACUAUUUAAUAAAAUGGCAUCAAAUAUAACUGUUACUUCUAGAACUGAACUUAUUAAACAGUUACAUCAAUGA